AUGACAAAUUCCUCCGCCGUCACAACCCUAUUCCGCCGCCUCGAACUCCCCACCAUGCGUUCCGACCCGGCCGACCGGUCGCUGCCGAAUAUAUCAACUCAGGUGGAGCUUAGCAAUCCGAAGCUAAGGCUGCUCGGCUGGUUCAAGGAGAGAGGUGUGUUGCGUGCUGGCGCCAUCAAGAAAUAUUUUGCUAUAAAAGAGGCGGGACUCUCAAGAAUCUUAACGCUGCCUUCGCUUCUCCUCUCUGUAGAUUGUGCAUUUCGCAGAAAAACUAAAGCACAUCAUGUCUUCCUCCAGUUCAUCCUCAAAUGGUACCAAUGGUCAGUCUCAAUCAGCACCAAAGAGGAUAAAGUUCCUAAUAUCCAGCUCUGUGAGUCCUCUGACAAAAAUGGGGACGGUAACCAACUAAGCAACAUCCCUUUGCCAGUACUUGCAGCUGAGUUGCAACGUCGGUUUUUGCACCAACAAAUGCUGGCAAAUCUGGCUCAAAACCAGCAGGAGCAUGGUGUACCACCUGGCUCGCAAGGUGCAAAUACUGUGAUGGCCUCCUUGGAUGUCGAGCCUUCAUUUGAUAACUUCCCUUAUUAUAUAAGUAAAGAAGUAGAAUAUGAACUGGUCAGCUCACUUUUCCUACAUAUGAAGAACAAAAGCCAACAUAGUAAGGCCAAGCGUCAGCGUACCGAUCAUAAACUCCUGUUGUCUGGUCCAGAUGGUUCAGACAUCUAUCAAGAGACUCUAGUGAUGGCACUUUCCCUGCACUCUGGGGCCAAGCUUCUUGUAUUCGACUGUCAAAUGAAUCAACGCGAUUUGCCUGCUUUUGGCAAUGUGGGUUGGAGUGGCUUGAGAUUCGAAGCCAAACAACUGAAGUGUACAACUGUGCCGACCAAUGGAGUCUCACUGUCAGCUCCCAAAAGAUCUAAAAAUCAGAUUCUCAAGAUAGGUGAUAGAGUGAUUUAUACAGGACUCAAGAAUCAUAUCAGCUCAACCCUGGCCAGUAUGGGGCCCGCUUUUGGAAUGCGUGCAAAAGUUGCGGGCUUUGAGAAAAAACCCAAAAAAGUAGGCGUGAGGUUUGAUUUUCCUAUUUCCGAGGGGACAAACCUUGGGGGUCUAUGUGAAGAAAACAUGGGGUUUCUUUGUGAUGAGAAUGAACUCUGUAGUGAUGUGGAUGAUCAAGUCAGGCCCCCAUCUACAGCAUUUCAGGGUUUCUCUGUCGAGAACAAAUUAAUCGUAUUUAUGAAGAAUGCCUUAACUUGCUCAGUGGAAAAUGGUGAAGCUUUAUCAGGGAUAGUCAGCUUGAUCAAUAGGCUUCCCGACAACAUCUUUUUGAUCGUAUCACAUGUUCAAAAGGAGUUCACGGCUAACUUUGAUGGGAGAAUAGAAAAAGAGCAGAGUACAAUGUUACCCGAUGAUAGCCCUAAAAUUGGAGUACAGGACAAGAAGCUUUUUGAUGUGCUGAAAAACCAGCUGGAUAGAGAUGCUGAACUUUUAAGAACGAGAGAAAAUAUUUAUCGGCUUCAGCAGGCUCUACUUAAGCAAGACUUGGAAUGCCAAGGCAUAGAGACAUUGAACGUGGAAGGCCAAAACCUUACAAAUGAGGAUGCUGAAAAGGUGGUCAAGUGGGCUCUAGGCCGGGAAAUAAUGGUGCGUCCCCCGAUUCACAGGCGCGUGAAGUUUGCAUUGUCUAGAGAAAGGCAAGUCAUUGUUUUCUGCUUUCAUCUUCCUGAUCUACUCGAUGCAUUGAACAAUUUGCGUGCUGCUCAGACUGGCUGGAAUGAAUCCGGAAAAUCUCAUAAGCCUUGCAGGGGUAUACUUUUAUUUGGCCCUCCUGGUACGGGGAAAACUAUGCUUGCCAAGGCCCUUGCCACUGAAGCUGGUGCAAAUUUCUUCAACAUUUCUCUAUCCAAUAUAAACUCAAAGUGGUAUGGAGAUUCUGAGAAAUUCGUGAGUGCUAUCUUCUCGCUAGCAAGAAAGUUCGCCCCAAGCGUUUUGUUCAUUGAUGAGGUUGAUAGCAUUUUCGGGAAAAGAAAUGAUUACGAGCACGAAUUGACUCGCAAGAUAAAGACCGAGUUCAUGGUGAAUUGGGACGGCUUGCUUACAAAGGACACGGAGAGGGUUCUCAUUCUUGCUGCCACAAUUGGCCUUUCGACCUUGAUGAUGCUAUUCAUGGUAGAUUUACCCGACGCCAGUAACAGAGCUAAGAUACUACAAAUGAUACUGGCAGAAGAAAACCUGUCGGACGAUGUUGAUUUGAAUGCCAUUGCUGGCAUGACUAAUGACUUCUCUGGCAGUGAUCUCAAGAACCUCUGUGUUGCUGCUGCUUAUGGACCGGUGAGAGAAUUUCUGAAGAAUGAAAAGAACAAAUCUGUAGAGGGAAAGCAAGAUGAACUCCGACCUAUGAACAUGCAGGAUUUCAUACGUGCCCGUGCUGAGAUGAUGGCGAGUGUGUCGAGUCGAUCGAGUAGUGUGGCGGACGUAAUGCAGUGGAACGAGAUGUACGGAGACGGUAUUUCCCGGUGGGACUCACAAACCGGCCUUUGGAAGUUGAUUGUGAUUUGUGGGUCGGCGGGAGUGACACUGACACAUGCUGAGUCUAUAUGUAUAUGGCGCCUGACAUCGUCAAAGAUACAGACUGAAUCCAUCUUGAGAGACACGUAGAGC